UCCUGGGUGUGAUGGUGUGCACGAGAGGCAGCCGUGGGGAUUAAGCUGGCUGAUAACAAGCAUUUGUACUUACCAGUCUGGUUAACUUCAGAUCAGCCUUCUAAAAAUUUCCAUGGAAACAAGGGAAGUUUUGGCUCACUAUAUUCAAGAGUUUUAUGAAGUGACACUGCUAAAUUCCCAGAAAAGCUAUGAGCAAAAAAUAGAAGAGGCAAAUCAAGUUGCAGAGAAAUGGGAGAAGACAACAUCUGCCACAGAUGAUGAAAAACUGCAGAAAAACCAAGAGUCUGCUGCUUCCAAUGGAUCAGAAGGAUCUAGACAAUGUGGUGAACCCAAGAAGGAGAACCAGACUUUUGAUAGCUAUGUGGUGGACAUGAAGACAAAGAAAGGCCAAGAGGAAGAAAAUCCCACAGGUAGAGGCCUUCAGCUGGGACCUUUUCCUGAAAUGGAAUGGACUAAUUCACAGGGUUAUAUCAUUGUUGUUACAAGCUUCCUUCUGGAUCCUGGACAAUCUGCGUAUCUCCUGUUUCAUGUUGCCCCUCUGUGGAUUGAAGAGUUACAGCACCUCACACCCUACUUAGUGUCCAGGAAAUAUCGUUAUCAAGAUGAGGACGCUCCACAUGAUCAUACUUUGCCUCGAUUAACCCAUGAAGUGAGAGGCCCAGAGCUUGUUCAUGUGUCAGAGAAGAACUUGUCUCAAAUAGAGAAUGUCCAUGGAUAUGUCUUACAGUCUCACAUCUCUCCUUUGAAGCAAUUAACUAAGCAGCAAACAAGGCAGAUGGGCUUUGCUCCUUUUGGUGCUCAAACCCUGUGCAAUGGGCAUCGCUUGCCUAGCAGAGCGAUUGCAGUGUGGUUACCAGUGAAAACAGCUUUCCAGGUUGCUUACCUAACUUCUAUUGCAGAAGCCAACAGCAUCAAGCAGUGA